AUGUACUCGCUGCGGCCUCGCUCUCUCCGGCCCGUGCUUGGCCUUUCGCGGGCCAGUCAGCUCCAUACUGCGCGAUGCCUAUUUGCCUCGGUCGUCGAUGGCCCACAGCUACCGGUCGCUGCAGCGACCAAGCUUGCUGAAGCAACGCUACGGCGGUUCUGGAAGAAAGUAGCGAUUGAGCCAUCUUCGCUUGGAUAUACCGUGACAUUAGACAGCAAACCGCUCAAGACACCCUCUGGCCAAGUACUGCAGCUGCCAUCGAGCAAGAAGAUGCUGGCGACCUUGAUUGCCGCUGAAUGGGCGCAGGUAUCGAGUGCUUCGAUCCGCCAGCAUCAGCUGCCUCUCACUUCAUUGGCUGCGCGAGCUAUUGAUCAUCUCGACCAUCACCAUCGUGAUCGUGCGCAAACGGCCGAGCAACUUUUACGCUAUCUAGACACAGAUGCCGUCUUGAUACACAUUGAUGGACCAGAACGGCUGCUCAAGAUGCAGCAGGAUGAGUGGACACCCAUCAGACUCUGGGGUGAGUCCUUCUUUGGUUGCAAGAUCAGCUUCUUGCCGGCAGACGCAGGCAUUGUCACACACAGACAGUCAACAGAGACGAGGCAAGCGGCAAAGACAUGGCUCGGUACAUUGGAUAAGUGGGAACUGGCGGCCUUUGAACGCAGUGUCUACGUGACCAAGUCGUUCUUGCUCUCCACACUGCUCGUCGAGUCCCAGAAGCAAGGCUUGCUGGUACCAACCGGCACGCAGGACGCCGCAGAUCAAGGCCGCGUAGAUGUCGAGCGCAUCGCGAGUCUGGCGACACUCGAGGUGCGUUACCAGACAGGUCUCUGGGGCGAAGUGGAGGACACGCACGAUGUGGAUCAUGUGGAUGUAAGACGACAGCUGGCAAGUGCUGUCCUGCUCAUUGCAUAA